UAAAAUAUCUGUGCUGAGCUAUUCGAGCUGAAAAAACAUGGUGGCUCUAUCUCUCCCUUCAACCUUCACUUGCCGGAGAAGAAGAAGGAGAAUGAAUACUCUGUUACUUUCUCCUCCGUUGCAACUACGUUUUCCGUUCAUUCACUUCCGUUUACACACCAGUCACCGCCGUCAAGUUCUCCGACCACCGCCUUUCGCCGCCUCAACAUCCCAUCUCUCUAUUUCCAAGCAAUUCAAUAUCGAUAACCUCGAAGUGGAAGAGGAAGACGAAAACCACGACGUCGUUUUGUACCCGAAUCGCCGUUACGAUUUCACUCCUCUGCUUCAAUUUCUAUCCACUUAUACGCCCACUGAGCCCAAUUCAGACACUUCUUCACCCACUCAACUCGACCCGGCCGAGUUAAAACUCGCCGAGUCAUACCGAGCCGUUCCGGCCCCAGUCUGGCACUCUCUUCUGAAAAACCUCGCCUCUACGUCAUCCUCAAUUUCUACGGCAUACGCACUCGUUACGUGGCUUCAAAAGCACAACGUUUGUUUCUCUUACGAACUGCUUUACUCAAUUCUCAUUCACGCGCUGGGACGCUCGGAGAAGUUGUACGAGGCUUUUUUGCUUUCACAGCGGCAAACUUUAACGCCGUUAACGUACAAUGCACUUAUUGGUGCUUGUGCACGGAAUGGUGACCUCGAAAAAGCACUUAAUUUGAUGUGUAGAAUGCGGAGAGACGGGUAUCAAUCUGACUAUGUUAAUUACAGUUUGAUUAUUCAGUCGCUUAUUCGUAGUAAUUCAAUUGAUUUAACUAUGUUAGAGAAGUUUUAUGAUGAAAUUGAAGCUGAUAUGAUUGAACUUGAUGGCCAAUUGUUGAAUGAUAUGAUUGUGGGUUUUGCGAAAGCUGGUGAUGUUGAUAGAGCUUUAGUUUUCAUGAGUGUUGUUCAAGGUAAUGGGCUGAGCCCAAAAACGGCUACUGUUGUUACCUUGAUAUCUGAGUUGGGCAAUUCGGGUAGGACUGAGGAGGCUGAGGCUGUAUUUGAGGAGUUGAAAGAAGGCGGGUUAAAGCCAAGGACGAGGGCAUAUAAUGCACUUCUGAAAGGGUAUGUGAAAACUGGAUCCUUGAAGGAUGCGGAGUAUAUUGUGUCGGAGAUGGAGAGGAAUGGGGUGGCACCGGAUGAACAUACGUAUAGCUUGCUUAUUGAUGCUUAUGGGAAUGCAGGUAGGUGGGAAAGCGCGAGAAUUGUGUUGAAAGAAAUGGAAGCGAAUAAUGUACGGCCGAAUUCGUUUGUGUUUAGUAGGAUUUUAGCUAGUUAUCGUGAUAGAGGAGAGUGGCAGAGAUCAUUUCAGGUGCUUAAAGAAAUGAAGAAUAGUGGGGUGAAUCCUGAUAGGCAGUUUUACAACAUAAUGAUUGAUACAUUUGGGAAGUACAAUUGUUUGGAUCAUGCAAUGUCUACAUUUGAAAGGAUGAAAUUGGACGGAAUUGAGCCUGAUACUGUUACAUGGAACACGCUAAUAGAUUGCCAUAGUAAGCAUGGCCAUCACAAUAAGUCGGAGGAGCUGUUUGAGGCAAUGCAGGAAAGUGGGUGCUUGCCAUGCACCACCACAUACAAUAUAAUGAUUAAUUCUUUUGGUGAGCUGGAGAAAUGGGAGGAAGUGAAGGGCCUGUUGAGUAAGAUGCAGAGUCAGGGCUUACUGCCCAAUGUUGUUACAUAUACCACACUGAUUAAUAUCUACGGACAGUCAGGAAGGUUCAAUGAUGCCAUUGAGUGCUUGGAGGUGAUGAAGUCUACAGGGUUGAAACCAUCCUCAACCAUGUAUAAUGCCUUGAUCAAUGCCUAUGCACAGAGGGGCUUGUCUGAACAAGCAGUAAAUGCCUUUAGGAUCAUGAAGGGAGAUGGUCUAAAGCCCAGUCUGUUAGCUCUCAAUUCACUAAUUAAUGCAUUUGGUGAGGAUCGGAGGGAUGCUGAGGCUUUUGCUGUAUUGAAGUAUAUGAAAGAAAAUCAUAUGAAGGCAGAUGUUGUUACGUACACCACUCUUAUGAAAGCCUUGAUACGUGUGGACAAAUUUGAAAGGGUUCCCGCCGUUUAUGAAGAAAUGCUUUUGUCUGGAUGUACCCCAGAUAGGAAAGCUAGAGCAAUGUUACGAUCCGCUCUGAGAUACUUGAAGUCCACAUUGAAAUAGUAGUAGACUGUGCAAAUCAUUGUCACAAAAAAGGAUUGAAAUUCUAGCUGUGCAAGUCCUUCUAACAAAAGGACCACAAUGAACCGAGAUGUUUCAGUUUGACUUUGAAUUUGUGGCUGUGGUUCACGGUUGUGCAUUGACCUAUGACACAAAUCAAAAUUGUUCCAUGUUUGACAGCCAAAUCUGGGGACAACGGCAGAUAGAGAUUCAAGGUGAAUAAAGGAUCCAAGGUCCGUAUUCGUCCCAGCAUUCUUUCAACAACACACUUGUACAGUUCUUAUAGCAGCAAAGAGCAUAUUCAGUUUCUUUUCUUUUUGCGGUAACAUGUGAAGUGUCAUAUUUAUGUAAUUGCAGUGUUGAAUUUAGGAACAAGACUCCUAUCACAAUGUUGUUUUACAGUCUUGUCAUAUCUUAUGAUAAGAGGUUAUAUCAGCUUGUGGAUAGAAUCUAGCAAAUGACUGAGCUCCUUAAAAACCUCUGUACUUGUAUAUUCUAGCUGUCUUCUUUUCUC